UACGCAUAUCGAUAAUACAUAUAUAAAAUACAGACGCGUGAAUAGAAUGUGAACACGAUUAAAUUACAUUUCUAAAAUGUAUUUAAUUUAAGGCAAAUAUUAAUUGAUAAAUUAAUAACUUAAAGCGGAAGUGUCCAGAGAAGAGCGCGCAGUGAUAUGGCAGGGUCACAAUCUCACUGGAGGCCACCACGUUCAUGUGACGUCUACUGGUGUGAGUUCAAGCACUGCAAGAGUUCAUUCAACAGAUUCCACGAGUACUACUCCCACGGCAGAGCGCCGGACUGCCGGCAGUGGAAAGAGGACUUUUACACCUGCAAGGACUGGGAGAAAAACCACAGCACACAGGCCAAGGAAUCCCUCCAGCAGAGCGAGAGGAAGCGGGUCGCGGAGCAGAGGAAGUUCACUCCGGUCUGGGAGCUUCGGCAGACGCCUCCGGCUGAUUGGCACGUGCCUCUAAACCAGGGCGGACCACAGGACUCAUAAAGCACCGAUGCGGAUCACACGGGACGGUUUAAGUGCUUGAGUCGCAUGAACUCACUCUCUUAGACUGAUGCACUUCUGAUUUGCUCGGUGCAGAAAGCAGCUUAAAAGUCUUGAUCAAGUUAAUGCAAAACCUAAAUAUGAAAUUAAUAAAGUUAUUGUUAAAGUAUAAGCAUUUCAUGAGAAAGUCAAUGUAGCACAAAUAAGAACGGAAUAUUAUCCUACUUGUUUAUUUUCCCAUUUAAAUAAUAAAAAUAUAUAGCAAAGCCACUUUUGUUGUUAUUCGAAAGCUAUUUUAAUUCUACACAGGUGUUUAUGAAUGAAAACAAGCGACUGCGGAUGUUUUUACAAGAGUUUCACACCUUUACUGUUUCACUAGAGACCUUAUUUAUUGUGCUGCAAAAUCAGAAAUGAGGUGUAAUAAUAAAACACAUGAUUUAAAGACCA